UUGCUCUCCAACAGAAGGCAACCACCUGAGGAAGUCAGGGAAGAAGAAAAAAAAGAUGACCUUACGGUCUUUCACUCCUGUUUAUACCAGUGUCUUGAUUCCAAGCCCCCCUGGAGCAAAAAGUGAACAUCUUUUCCGACAGCUGUGCGCUAUACACUGGCUUUUGGAAGCUUUGACUCUUGAAUCCAACAGUUCGAUGCACUCCAUAUUAACCUGUUGGAAUCCAAUGUACCCUGGUGGUUGUAAAAAAACAGUAAAAGAAAUCGAAGAGGAAAAGUUUGCAACAUGUAUGUGGGAACUCUUUAUUACAAACACAAAGAAAUGCACCUGGAAAGCACGAUACACUCCACUUCACAGGAAGAUAAACAAGACAUCUAUUCCAGGCAUCUCUCAGCUUAGCAGUCAGUCAUCUCCCCGUGGUCAAACUCCUCGUGGCAGCGAAACUUCCACUGUACUUUGCUCUGAAGACAACGUCAAGAUUAGUGUAGAUUCAUCUGAUGUUAUGAGUGAGUCAGCACAAGCUAAAGAACAACCACUUCUUUUCCCCUCCCUACAGAAAGUCAUCCAGACAAUAUGUGAAGAGGUAUCAAAAGAUGUCCAUAAACAAGAAGAUACGGUUAAGAAGAUUGGACUGCAGCG